AUGGACACACUGCUCAAGUCAGAGAUCAGAGAGGAAGGGAGUGGUGCGUCGGUAAAGGUCGAAGGCCUAUCCAAAUCAGCCCUAAUCAAGAGCUUGACUCCAAGAGUCAUUCUAUCCAAUCACCUUUUGCCGAAAGGGACCAAGAUGAGGGUCAACCUAGAAGAUCAGGGUCGUCAGAAAGUGUCCUUCAGCUUCUCACAAACGAAGAAGCCUCUGCAGAGUCCGUUCUUUAUCCCUGCCAGUCCUGAGAAGUCUGUUCCUGAACCACUUGCUGCCUUGUCACCGUCCACCUUGGAUAAAGCAGGGAACGACACGGACAUCAAAACUGAGCAAAAACUGACUCCCCUGGUGCCAACAUCGAUAGAAGAGACUCAGUCCGAAACAUCUGUCUCCUCCUCCACUAGAUUGAAAACCAACUUAGGAAUGAUACAUUUCAAGAAGCAAAUUUUAAGCGAGUCUGUGACGGAAAACACAGAAACAUCUGUUACACCAGAAGAACUGAGCACCUCUGAUUCGAAUGUUUCGACAAUUAAGAGUGAAGAGGAAUUACCACAGCCCGAAGUACAGGAUGUCAUCAGUGUCUGCCUCUCUGAAAACACUCAAACUGAAGCCACAGAGACAGAGCGAAAUCCUAGCCUCAACAAACCAACUGAUUCCUCAGGAAAAGAUGGCGAUAGUCCCAGCAGUGCUGACCCGGACAGUGAUGUAUACAAAAGUAAAACCAGGUUACAGUCGGAAAGCGCCCCCCCUUGCUCAGAAUCGGAUGGAGAUUUAGGUCCCACGUCUUCCAGCCGCAAGUCAGAUGAUUCCAAAUGUAAAACAAACUCUGAAAGCAGAAGCAAAGAAGUUAAAAGGUCUUCCUGUAGCUCACAUGUGGGAGAAAGAGAAAAGGUUUCCUCUAAGCGCUCCGAGAAUCACGAAAGGUCUUCAAGUUACUCCAAAUCAGACCGCGAUUGUAGAAACGCCCCCUCACGCUCGUCUCGAUCAGAGAAGGAUCGCAGGAGGUCCAGGUCUAGAUCACGCUCUAGAUCUAGAGGGUCCCGAACGAGUUCCUCUCAUUCCAGAUCAGAGAGAUCCAGAGGGGACCGAGGGUCUCGCUCUGAUAGAUCAUACUAUCAUGAGUCUGAUCGGCGAUCACACAGGAGUUCCCCACGCCGAGAGAGACGGCGCUCUCGCUCUCGCACCGACAGAACUCGGGAUAGUUCGGACUCCGAGGAGGACCAUAGGAAAACCAGGACGAGGGCGAGCGAGUCCGGCAGGUCAUCCAACUACUCAAACUCACACAGAGAGUCAAAAUCAUCGUCUUACUCAAAAUCCGAGAAAGCCUCCAAGUCUGUGGACUCUCCUCACUCCUCCGAGUUUGAUAAAAGAACGCAAUCUUUAAAGUCUGAACGAACUUCAAAGCGAUUAGCAGACUCCGAUUCCCAUCACAAGUGCUCCCCUGAUUUGGACUCCAGUCACCGUAAAUCCAGCAGUCACCACAAGCCUGAGACCAACAGUAAGUCCUCCACUGUUCACACCCGGUCUCAAACACACGAUAGACAUCACAAAGGUAGCUCCAGUGACUCUGAGGCCGAUAACAGGGGGCUACCACAGCCCUCAGACAAGAGCAUGGGCUCUUCGGAGAACUGUAGAGACCCCCAAAAGAAAAGCGGCAGGCCUGAGUCAAAACAAACGACCCCCUCUAGAUCCUCAGUGAAAUCUCCCGGCCACGACAGACAAUCAAACGAUAUGUUUCACAGUUCCAGCAAAGCAUCGCCGUGUUCAGCCACCACACAGUUGAGUGCUCAGAGCGGAAAAGAGAAAAACAAUUCCCUGCAAAGUGCAAAUGAAGGCAGUAUUCAGGCUGUUAUGGAGAGAGACUCAUCUACUGAUUUAUCCGCAAAGGAGCCAGAAACAAAAUGUAGACUUGAAACAGAAAACACAAAUGCCUCAGCUACAAUUACAGGGGAAAGCUUAGCGCCAGUCACUCUUGAAAACGCGUGCGGUGUGCAGGGUGGUCAGACCUCUGGUAAGCAGCCGCUUGUGAGUUCAAACGCAGCUGUUAUAGAUUCGUUUAAAAGUGAUUAUAGUGCAAUGUGCAAAGAGGACGGGAACAUCUCAGACUGCUCAGCUGUGCCAAAGUCCUCUCUUCAUACUUUAGAUACCCCCCUCACACACUGUGUCCAGCAAAACACUAAACCAGAGAUUGUGGAGCCAGAUAAAGAUAUGAAUGUUGACAAGCAGCCUGAAACAAGCGUGCCCCACCAAUCUGAUUCAGCCGCUCUCAUGUGGGAAACUCAGCCGGCGCUGGCACAGCAAAAUCCAGACACUGUAAAGAAGAGCAGCAGCGCGACCAGAAAGUCCAGGUGGGACAUCGUCGGCCAGGACGACUCAGAGAGCAGCAACGCGCUCAGAGUAGUUAGUGUGGAGAGCAAGCCUACUGUGAAACAGGUGAUUUCACUCAAAAAGAUCGAGUUUGCGAAAGAUGGCAGCAGCCAUCCCGAGUCUGACGACAGAGAGAAGAAUUGGCAAGAAAAUGAUCCACAUUCCAAACUGCUCCAGCAGGAGGAACACAGCUCGUCCGUGACCUGUCGGUCCAAAGACCAAAGCCAGCCCUCCCAGGCAAGCCCCAGCAUCGACCACUGUGACAUCAGAGCUGCUGCUCCCCAGAGGCCGCAGGCAGGCGCCGCCAACACGGCCGCCGCCGCCAACACGGCCGGAGCGCCACAAUGCCACUUGGCUUUGGACACGCAAAAGUGGCACAUUGACGACAAACAGAAAUCCAAGGAGAGCGCUCAGGAACUGUGUAAAAGACCGGCCAGCCUGGAUGCUUCAGGAGGACAGAGCGAAGCCAGCGACAGUGACAACUCGGAGUACGACUCUGACUGCGAUAAGGCCAUAAAACAGCUGCACUCUGUGGUCGUGGUGCCAAAGAAUUCCUCCCUAACAAAAGACGACAGGGGUGAUUCCCCCUUCAGUCGGACAAAUAAUCCAGACCUCCCCAAUGCUUGGGCAGCAGACCGAGUCAGCCCGCAGAAAAAUAGUGACUCUCUGGGCAUCCCGGGGUUUUGUCAGUCCCAGAGCAAUAUGAUCGAUAGCACCAGUCACUCAGAGGGCCCCGGCUCCAUCAGGGCCGGUCAUUUCAGCGCCCAUCAAAGCUCAACAGCCCACACGCCCCAUAAUUCCGGCAAGUGCGAACAAGGGCUUGAGCAAAGGCAGUUAAGUAGAAGAGGUGAGCGGAUGUACUCGCAUUACCAAGAAGGCGAUUUCUCCAGCGCUGACAAUAUCAGUGACAAGAAUGGGUUCAGCCUGGGCUGGGACUUUCCCCAACCGGAGCAGCCCACGAGUACAUGCCAGCAGCCUGACAGCAGCCACGGCUCACAGGUGAUUAACACUAAACUGGCAGGAGCCAGUUCAAAGGAGCAAGAGCACAGGCAGACUCUUGGCUUCUGCACAGAACAGGCCCCAAAUGUCCUGAUUGGCAAAAACCCUUACCUCCACGCACACGAGCUCGACCAAGAGCCAUCCAGUGAAAUCCACCCCGACUCCCUCACCAAUGACCACGACGACUACAGCAGGGACAAAUCAUCAUCCAGUUUGAGUAAAGCAGUUGUUGAGUUCCGCGCACACAAUACUCCGGGGUCAUCGAGCUUCGUGCAGGGUCAUGAGAUAAGCAGCAACAGCAGGGGCUCUGCGGUACCCGACCCCCCCAGGGAGGACACUUUCAGGCCCCACAGAGGGAGAGGCCCGCCCAAGAAAAGGCGCCCAGAAAUUGAGUCGGACUCGGAUAACGAGGCCGAAGCCGGACCUUUCAACAAAAGGGAACGCUCUGGAGACGCUGACGACCCAAAAGAAGCUCUGGUCAAGCCCCCCCGGCCGUCACUCACCCUGCAGGACUUUCAGGACGCCAACAAGUGGAAAGACUACGCCAAGUCGAAAAAGAUGCCCCCCUACUUCGACCUGAUUGAGGAGAACCUGUACCUGACUGAGAGAAAGAAAAGCAAAUCUCAUCGAGACAUAAAGAGGAUGCAGUGCGAGUGCCCUGUGCUGCCCAGAGAGGACCGCGCCAGAGGAGUGUUGGCGUGCGGAGAAGACUGUUUGAAUCGGCUCCUGAUGAUCGAAUGCUCAUCGCGGUGCUUAAACGGAGCCUACUGCUCUAACCGCCGCUUUCAGAUGAAACAACAUGCGGACUUCGACGUCAUCCUCACAGAAGACAAGGGCUGGGGACUACGUGCGGCCAAAGACUUGGCAGCGAACACGUUUGUCCUGGAGUAUUGCGGGGAGGUGUUGGACCACAAAGAGUUUAAAACACGGGUCAAAGAGUACGCUCGCAAUAAGAACAUCCACUACUAUUUCAUGUCUCUGAAGAAUAAUGAGAUCAUUGAUGCCACCUUGAAGGGGAAUUGCUCUCGGUUCAUGAACCACAGCUGUGAGCCAAACUGUGAGACUCAAAAGUGGACUGUUAACGGCCAGCUUCGAGUCGGGUUCUUCACCACCAAGACUGUCGCUGCAGGAACUGAGCUGACAUUCGACUACCAGUUUCAGAGAUAUGGGAAAGAAGCACAGAAAUGCUACUGUGGGGCACAAAGCUGCAGAGGCUUCCUAGGGGGAGAAAACAGAGUCAGUGUUCGAGCAGCUGGAGGGAAGAUGAAGAAAGACCGCAGCAGAAAGAGCGCUCUGACCACGGUGGAUGAAGAGCUAGAGGCGUUACUGGAGAACGGCGAAGGCUUAUAUGAUGAGAAACAGGUGGUGUCUCUCUGCCGACUAAUGGUCCGAGUGGAAACCAUGGAGCAGAAACUCAUCUGUCUCAAGCUGAUUCAGGAUACUCAGAACCCAUCGUGCCUGAAGCAGUUCCUUGACCAUCAUGGGCUAUCUCUGUUGUGGAUCUUCAUGGUGGAGCUUUCUGAAGCCAAAGGCAACUGUGUCAAUAACAUCAAGCUGCAGUUAGAGAUUAUGAAGACCUUGGCUGUGCUUCCCAUCUCAACUAAAAACAUGCUGGAGGAGAGCAGAGUCCUGACCUUCAUUCAGCGCUGGGCUCAGACAAAGAUUCUGCCCCAGCAGGCCGAGAUGGACGGCUACUCCAGCGAGAACACCUCCCGGGCUCAAACCCCACUCAACACCCCCGAUGGCUCAUCCAGCAAACUAGGACCAGAGCUGGACGGCGACGUUUCAAAACCCGCAGUGUACCGCCGUCUAAAAAUCAUCAGCGAAAACAGCCUGGACAGCGCCCUCUCCGAUGCUAGCAAAGCAUCAGACGGCAAGGAGGAAGAGGAGGAGGACGAGGACGAGGAGGAAGAAGAAAGCUCACAUAUGGAUCCUCCUGAUGGAAAGCCGCUGAAGGAAGAAUCUUUGGACGAAGCUGCGGAUCCAACAAAAGAAGCAACGGAGGAGUCUAUGGCUGAGGUCAUACCAGAGAAACUGGAAGAGGCGGGGAUGAGUUCAAGCGGUCCCGAGGAGCCCCAGAGCAUCAGAGUCCCAGACAAAAAUGAGUAUGAAGUAGAGGCAAAGCAUUCAGAGACUGAAGAAGACAGAGCUGAGAGUCAUAUUGAUGAGCCAGAGGAGAUGAAAGCUCCUGAUAAUGAGCAGGAGGUGGCAGAGAAAGCAGAGAGUCCAACAGUGCCAGAAACAACACUGGAGGGAGAGCAGCCCACUGAGAAAAUAAAUGAGCCGGAGACUCCGUCCGACCACACUGAAGUUGCUGAGCCUUCUACAGGGGAGUCUUCAGAGAACAUGGAGACGCAGGAAGAGGAGCAGGAGUCUGAGAAACCACCUCCAAGCAGCGAGGCCCAGUCUGGCGAAUCUGCCUCCGAUGCUCCGCUGAACUCGGACAACCCCGACGCCCCUCUGCCCUCUGAGGUCACAGCGGUGCCAGCCGAACCGUCGGUGAUGGGAACUCCUUCCCAGGACGAAGAGGAGGGUGUCUCAGAUGUUGAAAGCGAAAGGAGUCAGGAGCCCCAACUCGGUGUGUUGGACAUAAGCGGGAUGGCUGCCAGGCUUCUGGAAAGCUGGAAGGAUUUGAAGGAGGUGUACAGGAUACCAAAGAAGAGUCAGGUAGAAAAGGAAGCCAGAGAUCGCAGCCGAGAUCGUGAUAUAUCUCUGCCACCACGCGCCACCUCUGGCAGCCGAGAACGUGAGAGGGAGCGAGAGAAAGAGAGGGAGCGUGACAGGGAGCGAGACCAUGACCGAGACAGGGACCGGGACAGGGACCGAGACUGGGACCGGGAGAGAGACCGGGACCGAGAACGGGACAGAGACCGGGACCGAGACCGGGAUCGCCUGUCAGACAAAACUCCACGCAGCUCUGAGCGUCGAAGGAGACGCUCCCUGUCCCCGCCCCCAUCAUCCUAUGAGAGGAGCAGCAGGCGCACCGAGGAACGGUUUGACCCCUCAAACAGCAAAACACCAAGAGGAGUUGGAGGCAAAGAGCGCAACAAGCUGUCCACAGAGGAGCGUAGAAAGCUGUUUGAGCAGGAAGUUGCUCAGCGUGAAGCCCAGAAGCAGCAACAGCUCCAGCAGCAGCAGCUCCAGACUAUGGCAUACGACCCCAACCUGGUCUACGCCUCCAGCCCCAGUUUCAUCACCUACCCGCCCGGAUACCCCAUCCAGACCUUCGUGGAUCCCACCAACCCCAAUGCCGGAAAGACCGCUGCAGUCCCUAAUCUGGCUCAGCACAUUACCACUACCGACCUCACCUCCGGCACCCCCCAGCAGUACACCCAGCCCACUGUAGCAACCCAGGAUGCUGGAGUAGCCGUCCUGUCUGUGCCGGCCCAGUCAGCCCCACAGGUCCAGGGCCAGCAGAGCUACGCCACCCUGUGGGAUCCAACCACGCAGCAGGCCGUGACGGUGCAGACGCAGCCCGCACAGCAGUACGCCACAGCUCCAGGACAGGCCCAGACUCAGACAGCCAUCUAUUACCAGGGCCAGCCAUGUCCGACCAUCUACAGCAUCCCCACCGCGUACCCCCAGGCCAACACUCCUGUCAUACAGACGUACACAGAGCCCGCAGCCAGCUACUUGCACAGCCAACCGGUGUACCCUGGUCAUCAGCAGGGAGUGGUGGUGCAGCAGGGAGGCACAGUCACCACCAUCGUCACAUCCCAAACUGUCCAACAGGAGAUGAUUGUACCCAACAAUGUGAUAGACCUGCCUCCUCCCUCUCCCCCUAAACCCAAAACUAUCGUCCUACCUCCUAACUGGAAAGUGGCCCGGGACCCUGAAGGCAAGAUCUACUACUACCACAUUGUCACAAGGCAAACCCAGUGGGAUCCGCCCACUUGGGACGGAAGUAGUGACAACGCUAGUGUGGACCACGAAUCUGAGAUGGACCUGGGAACACCCACCUAUGAUGAGAAUCCCUCCAAGUUCUCUACAAAGACAGCCGAAGCAGACACUUCCAGUGAACUGGCUAAAAAGAGUAAAGAGACAUUUCGUAAAGAGAUGUCUCAGUUCAUAGUGCAAUGUUUAAAUCCUUAUCGGAAGCCAGACUGCAAAUCCGGACGCAUCAGCAACACUGAAGAUUUCAAACAUCUGGCCAGGAAGCUGACUCACGGUGUUAUGAAUAAGGAGUUGAAAGCCUGCAACAACCCCGAGGACCUCGAGUGCAAUGAGAACGUGAAGCACAAGACCAAGGAGUACAUCAAAAAGUACAUGCAGAGAUUUGGCUCCGUGUACAGACCGAAGGAGGACACAGAGGUGUACUGA